AUGUUUUAUCAAGAAAUUCCACCUUUUUACUUAGUCGAUAUGGGGGUUUCUUACAACAACCUGUCUAGAAACCAAAUUAAUAACCAAGCUUUUCCUCUAUAUGAUGAAUAUCUACAAUUAUUGCUUUUGUCUAGACACAGAUAUGUUACCUCAUCAAGAUCACACUCUUUUAAGAUAAGACCAAAGCUUCAAAUCAAGCAUUUUGUUUAUAACAAUCGAGACAAUCAAGGCAAUUCUUAUAAACAAUCUGAAACCAAAGAUUCUUUUAGUGAUUCACAAGAUAUUUCUUUUGGAGAGGAAGUUGAAACAACAAUUGUCAAGGACGACUUAGUUGAUGAAGGUGAGAAUGCCAUUGUCAAUGUCGAACCCUUCACCAACAUUUAUGAAUAUUGUGACAAAUUUGUAAUCCAUUUAGUUGCACCUGGAAUAAUUUCUGAUAAAUUCUGUGUAGAUUAUUUGACUUCAACCAAAUCGUUAAGAAUAAAAGCCAAAUGUGAUCCUGAAUAUUCCUUAGAUGAGGAAAACACAAUUGUUAAAGAAGCAAAUAUAAACGAUUUUGAGAAAACAAUUAAAUUAAGCACAGUUAAUCAAAUUGACACUAGCAAUAUCAGCGCAACUUAUAGACAAGGUAUACUCAAGAUAACCGUUUUCAAGAACAAUGAAAAACCAGCUAUCUUGUAA